AUGGCAGCACCCAGCAGGCGGUGCCUCGCCGUGCUGACCCGCCAUUGCAGAUCUCUGCUUCUGCCCUCUCAGCUCCUUGAGGGGGCCUCCACUUCCUACCGUCCUUCUGCUCUUUCCACAUUCUCAGAGUCGAGUGCCCACCUGGGUCCUCGUCUCUUCCGCCAUAUUGAUCCGUUGGUAUCCGGAUCGCUCCACCAUUUCUCUUCGCGGACGACGGUCUCCUCUGGCGAAGAGGAAGACGAGGAUGAUGAUGAUGAAGGGUUCGGAGAGGAUGAAGAAGAGGGGAGUGGAGGGGAGGAGAGUGACGGGGAUGAAGAUGAUGGAGUGGUUUCGGGUCCCAGACGGUCUGUUGUAAGCGGGAAAUCGGAUGAGGAGAAGGUUUCUGAGGCAGCUGCGAUUGGAUACCAAGUUAUCGGACCGCUUGAGUCAUCAGAGAGGCCGUUCAAACCAUGGGAACCUGUUUUCGCCGUUGUCCAGGUCUGCUUAUUCAUCUUCGAUUUGCGUUCCGAUAUCUGUUCAAUGACUUAUUUUUCGUUUUUUUUUUCUUGUUCAGAUUGGCUCUCAUCAGUUCAAAGUCUGCAACGGAGACUCCAUUUUCACCGAGAGGCUAAAAUUUUGUGAAGUUAAUGACAAGGUGCAUGGCUGUUUAACUUUCCUUGUUACCAUUUCUUACCUUCUCCAUGAUAAUUUCCUGAACUAUCCGAUAAUGUUCAAUAUACGAUUGUAUAGAAAAAAUGCUUCAAGAAUCUCUGAUACAGCAUUUUCUGCAUAAACCCAUGGGCAAGUGCGCUGCGGACAUUUCUUGACGGUUUUAAGAAGUCUGUGAAUCUCGUUUUUAAGAUACCACCGUACCAUCAUAAUAACACUCUAGGGUUCUUAUGGGUUUCGAUGGUGUCACGCCUGGAGCCUUCUCGUUUGGAUUCGAGUUCUACAGCGACUCACCACAUCCAUAGUGUGUUGAAUCGGCUGGACUGAAGCGGCCCUCACUCACUGCCCUGAAUAUCUCCCGGACUUUGAGGUUAUUGUGAGCACUGAGUUUGAAUAGUUUUUUGCGUGGUACAUCUGAUCCUGUCACAAAAUAUGAGGAAAAAAAAUCCUAAAAAACUUGGAAAUUUUCGCCAGUCUGUUGAGUUGAUGCUAUAGAAUUUGGUGAAGAAUGCCGGUCUCUAAAAGAUUCAGUCCCCUUCAAACUCCUGUCGGAAGCUCUACCGUUUCUGGGUUCUAUCUAUGAACUGUAUUUUCAUGGAUCUCUUCUGCUAAAAUUAAUUCAUCUGUUAGAUGACAACAUGAAUGAUAUUCCCUCUUUCUUUGCAAAAUAGAUUAUUUUGCUAAAUUGUAGGAAUAGUUGGAACAAUAUACAUAUCUUCUCUAUGAUCCCAGAUGAACUUGCUUCUUAAUCAGGGGUUAUGCUCUGAUCAAACUCUUUCUUCGAAAAAAAUGGUUUGAAAGGAAUGUUAUGAAAUUAUACGGAAGUUUUCUAACCACCUUAGACAUUUUAUUUUGUGAACUGUCAGUAGAGGAACAGGAAUUGCAUAUGCAAUGUCCUGUUAAUUCCAUUUUUAUAAGUCCUUAGCCACGUUGUCAUGGUAAUCUUUCGUAUGGCUGCUAUUUGUUAUUAAAUUUAGAUGUUCUCAAAUCAUCUUCCACAUUCCUUUUCUGUACUACUAAUGUUCUUCUCAUUGUUUAGGCAUUCAGAUGUUGAGUAUGUCACUCUAUUGAAUAAUUGUGUUGUCAGUGUGAAGUGAGUACAAUAUCGUGGAUGGAUGUAUUGAAGCUUCUCCGCAUAAGUAUCUGGACAACAUGUAUUAGUAAAAAUAAAUCUUGAUAAUUUUUCACCCAUCUGAUCAUUGCAUGUGCUAUCACCUCUCUCAUAUGUUGUUAGCUGCUCAUCCAUGUUGACACCGGAUCACCCUUUGGAGGAAUCCCUUUGCAUGGACGUUGUUAGAGCUUUUGUUAUUUUAUUUUACAUAUAUAUUAUUCAUUGUUUAGGCCAUUAUAUGCAUAAGAGUAAACUUGCUUGCCUCGACCUGUGUUUUUCCUUUUUAUGCAGUUGAUCUUGAACAAGGUUCUUAUGCUUGGAUCAAAGGCCCAGACUAUCAUUGGUAGGCCGAUAUUACCCGAAGCUGCUGUGCAUGCCGUUGUUGAAGAACAUGUAAGGGCAUUCUUCUCUUUUUAGUGACCAAAAUAUCUUUCAUAAUUUGUGGUAAACAGCACCGAUAUAUACUGAUGUAACCUGUUUUGAUUUCUCAUGGUUUUAUAUCCGUAGUGUGUGAUUCAGAACUGACUCACACGUUUUUAGGAAUCCGAGACUUGUUUCUGGUUUCUCAUGUUUUAGUUAUACUUCAAGAAUGAUCACCUCAGUGUGGAGUCAAAUUUAUCAGAUGAAUGCAGCACCAAAUUCUUGGAAAUUAAUUCUGGUUCUUUGUUUCAAUAUAUUCGUCAAUCUUCCCAAGUUGCUUAAAUUAAGAUUGAACCACAUGGACUGUACCUCGUUGUACCCCCUGUGAUUUCCACGUUGUUCUUUGUAAGAGUGUAAUGGUAUCUGUUAUGAAAUUCUUGUUAAUUGAUUAUGUUCCACCUUCUGCUAUUUUACCCAGUUUGCUAGGGUUCCACUUUUGCUUUCUUUUGUUGGGCAUGCAAUGUAGUCUCAGAUUCUGGGACUUCAUAAUCACGAGUAAAUUUUUGAUAUUUUAGCAUCUGGCCAUUUAUAGUAACGUAUCUCAUUUGAUUUAUCAUAAUUUUAGUGAAGAAUCUGGCCACAUAACUUUAUCUUUGAGUAAUUCCAUCAUCACUUGAAUAAUAUAAGUAAUAUCCUAAACGUCUGCAAGAUCCAACCCCUUCUGAAUUCUCUUCCUCCCAAUCCUUUCCUUCUCCUCCCACAGGCAUUGGAUGCGAAAGUAAUCAUAUUCAAGAAGAAGAGGAGAAAGAACUACCGGAGAACCAAGGGGCACCGCCAGGUAUGGUCUGGGUUUCUUGAUGAGUCAACGCUCUAACGAUUUUCUUCGAUAUGCUGUCGGCAUGCCGUGAUGACGGGGGAGAACAUGAAAUUUCGUACAGAAAUUAUGUGGACGGACGAAUCUGGUUUUUAUCUCCAGGAGAUGAUAAAUGAGUGUGUGAUUCUAUGUAUGGCUGAGCAGCGUGCUGGACUUUUUUUCUUGAGGAGAGAGAAAACUGUCUAGGCAUUCGGACACCGCCCCCCCCCCCCCUUUCCUCUAUCUGACAGGCGCUGGUUGGGUUUCUGCAGGAGCUUACUAAAUUGAGGAUCACGGAUAUUCAAGGGAUCGACAAGCCCACCAGGUCGGCAAUCCCUGCCUAG